GACGGUAAUCACCUCUAUAAAAACCAAGCAAUUUAACACAUUUGCUGCAAAGGAAGUUCCUGAUCUUGUACGUACGUACUCCAUCCUAUAAUGGCAAAUAAGCUCAGGUUGGAGGGUAAAGUGGCUGUAAUUACGGGUGCUGCAAGUGGCAUUGGUGAAGCAAGUGCAAGAUUAUUCGUCCAACAUGGUGCUUGUGUGGUCAUCGCUGAUAUUCAAGAUGAACUCGGUCUACAAGUAGUGGCGUCCAUCGGAACAGACAAGGCCACCUACCGUCACUGCGACGUCACAGAUGAGAAACAGGUAGAGGAUACCGUAGCCUACGCGGUCGAGAAAUACGGUACUCUCGACGUCAUGUUUAGUAAUGUUGGGACGUUGCACUUCUGCAGCGUCCUCGACAUGAACGUGACGACCUUCGAUGAGACCAUGGUCAUCAACGCUCGAGGAUCCGCGUUAGCCGUUAAGCAUGCGGCUAGAGUCAUGGUUGCUAAGAAAAUCCGCGGAUCCAUUAUAUGCACCGCGAGUUUAGAGGGUAUCCUAGCGGGGGCUGCUUCCUUAGCCUACGUAGCGUCAAAGCAUGCAGUCGUAGGCAUUGUGAAAGCGGCGGCACGUGAGCUAGGUCCGCACGGGAUCAGGGUGAAUGGGGUGUCGCCUUAUGGCAUAGCGACGCCCCUGGUGUGCAAAGCCUACGGGUUGGACAUGGCUCCACUGGAAGCAGCAAUAUGUGGAAAUGCUCACUUGAAAGGUGUUACGUUGAGCACGAUGCAUGUAGCACAAGCAGCACUUUUCUUGGCGUCCGAUGAAUCCGCUUACAUAAGUGGUCAAAAUUUGGCUGUUGAUGGUGGUCUUAGUUCUAUUUUGAAGUUAGAAUAAAUCAUCCCUCUCUCGUUGGUGUGCUGUGAUGUUGGCCUUACUUCUAUUUUGAAGCUACAAUAAAUCUUUUCCACUCUUGUGAGUGUACUGUUUUCUCUUCUCAAAGUGGUCAACUUUGAGUUUACUUA